AUGGACGAAGCUCUCGCUGUCUUGCGGAAAAAUCAGAUGGUACCGGCGGCUGGAGAACCCACGGCGGAGGGCCUCAUCACGGGCCUUCAUCAUAUAGGAGUGGGACUCUCAGGGAAGAUGGCAUGGGCGUCGGAGUGUUGCAUAGCAUUAGCCGUCUAUGCCAAGGCGGUCAUAGAGAGCGCGACGAAAGAACUCAUCGGCACCCUGGAGGCGAGGGUGGCCGCCGCUGGCGACCAUAUCGCUGAACUCGCAAAUGAGCUGGCAGGGGUUGCGGAAUGCGCAAAGGAGAAGAUUGAAGGGGCUGUAGAGAACAUUCAGGAGGCAGGAUGCGCAGGCCUCCCCCUCGGUGAGUCGUCACCUGUCUCUCUCCCUUUCUCCUAUGCGGAGGCUGUAAGAGCAAGCCUCCCGGGUACCACACGAGCUGCGCAGUUGAGUGUCGUAGACCGGGAGAGCAUCCGUGCACGACAGAUCCUUAUUGAUGGCUUCCCUGGGAACCGCGACGGCACACUCUUGGAGACAGAGAUUCUAGAGCAGGCUAAUGAUGCGCUCGAUUACCUCUCGAGAGAAGAACUUGACGUUCCGGAAGGUCUCCGCUUUACUGCGGCGAAGGCCCUCCGGAACGGGGGAGUAGUUCUGGAGCUCGCCACACCAGACCUGGCGAAGUGGAUAGUGCAGCACGCACACGAUUAUGAGUUUGUUUUGAGCCCAAGGGCAAAGAUUCGCCCUCGCCAGUACAAGUUGGUUGCGGA